GUGAAGAUUGGCAAGGUUUCCUAAUUGCAUAUUUCUAGGUAGGUUUGCCAUAAUUAAGCUAAAUUGGGAUUAGUCAAAUGGAAUUUUAGCGGUUCCUGACUUCCAAAGUUCGUGUGCUAUCGCAAGUCCAUCUUGUAUUUGCGAUUGCCAAUUUCCCCGGAGACGCGGCCUUGCACUUUCCUGGCCUGUUGACGCACCCAAGUUGGGCAAGAACCUUCUCUUUUUUAUUUCGUGCCAGCUGCUCACCCGAGCUUCCAUUCCUUUUUCAACCUUCACACGCUCAUUAUCCAAAUCCGAUUCUCUUGUCGCCUUUUCGCGUACAAUCUUCUAAUUCCAACAACAUCGAUCAUCUCGUCACUCUUUAAGUACUUUGAUACUUUCCACCACGAGCCAAAAUGAAGGUCUCUUUCAUCACUACCAUCCUUGCCGCUCUCCCGGCCUGGGUCAGUGCGGUCGCCAUCACCAACACCAACUUCAACGGCAUCCAGGCUGGCAAGGCUUUCGAGGUCACCUGGUCUGAUGCUGUUGGCCCCGUUUCUCUCACCUUGAAGGAUGGCCCCUCUGACAACCUCAAGACCGUCUCCGAGAUUACCUCCGGCCAGACUGGCACGAGCUACACUUGGGUCCCCUCUUCCUCGCUGCCUUCUGGCACCUACGCCCUCGAGAUCAACGACGGCAGCGAGGUGAACUACAGCCAGCAGUUCGAGAUUUCAGGCGGCUCCGCUAGCAGCAGUUCAGUCAGCACCACGGCCUCGCAGACUAGCACGUCUUCGGCUGUCUCGUCGACUAUUACCUCUAGCAGCGCCACCGUCACUAGCAGUGAGACUUCUUCGACUCCUACUAGUUCUAGCACGUCGUCUGGGUCUUCUAGCUUCACUACCAGCGCCAGCAGUGGUUCUAUCACCUCGUCUAGCACCCAUGCUAGUUCCACUUCUUCCGCAGCCAGGACCUCGUCUGCUACCUCCGCGACAGCCGUGCCCAACACGAAUGCCGCUCAGACGGUGGCUCCGUUUGUGGCCCCGAUGCUUCUCGCAGUUGGUGCGCUUUUUGUGUAAGCGCAUGAUAUGAUUCGCGUUCUUCAACAAAAGUAACAUGAUUCUCCCGGUCCGGAUAUUUUCGUUGUACAAAUACGCUUUUCGCCUCCCGUGUAAUGCCACGCACUGAUAUUGAGGCU